AUGUUGGUCGACAAUUCAUUCAUCAACGUUGACGAUGCUCAAGCUUGGCAGUUCUGGCGCCUGGCUAUGAGUAUAGCAGUGGCCUCUGGUUCGAGAUCUACUGUAGAUGAUAUCAGUAAGAGCAUUGGGAAUGCCGUGGAAGAGCUAUAUUCACAAUGUUCAAUCACCGAUAAAACAAAGCGCCAGCAACAGCUCACGAAUAUUAUACAGCAUUGCUUCGAACUCAAGCAGCGUCUCGAUCGCCAGAAACAUACGUACCGUUUCCGCCACAGCCCACGGCGAAUACCCUACAAUGCUGAAUACAUGCGCAGCAGCUCGAGCCCACCUGCGUCUCAGGAAAUUGUUAAAUGCAGCCUGUGGCCAAUGUUAACGAAACUGGUGGCACAUGAGACAUGGGAAGUGGUCGAACGGGAGGUUGUACGGACCGGUCUACCAUAG